AUGUAGCCAAAAAGAAAUAUUAAUGAGCUUCUAGCAGAAUAUUCAAAAUAAUUGGGUGAAGAUUUUGAUGAUGCAGACCCUUAAGUAAAUGAAGGAAGUGCUUUCGAUGAUGAUCCAGAAAUGAGAAAACUUUAAUAAUAAUUGUAAGAGUAUCUAUUCUAUUCUUGAA